AGGAAAUGACAAAUCAUUGUUUUGCAUGUAAUCUAUGUUCGUUUUAACCAUUGUUAAAUAAUAAGCGCACUUGUCCAGGUUUAUCAAUGGAAAAGGAUUCCAAGAAGACUAAUAUUUCCAUCCGAGAGAAGAUCCCAUGUCCUGAUGGACUAUUUCUGAGUCCAAGCAAGAUUCCCAGGGUUGGACACGGGGUCUGGACUAGAAUACCCGUGCCCGCAGGUACUUUGUAUGCAGGACCUUUUGACGAGCAACAUCAGUUGGCAAGUAAGGAGUGCAAGAAUACCACAAACUGGAUGAGAUUUAUCAAGAGAGCUCGAUGUGACGAAGAACAGAAUCUUACUGCUAUUCAAAGAUAUGGACAUAUUUAUUAUCAGACAGUGAAGAAUGUUCCUGCCAAUGAUGAACUGUUGGUCUGGUACGAUGAAUCUCUAUCUGCUAUUCUUGGAAUUGAUCCUACCAGAGACAUUACAAAAGAUGAUUGCGGGCUAUACACCUGCUUGAAGUGUCUUCACCCCUUCAUGUAUCGAAACUCUCUUCUGUGGCACAAGUUGCAAAACUCCGAAUGUAAAAACUACGAACCUAAAGUUGGAGUGUGUAGUUGCGAUGGAUGUGGCGCCGAGUUCCAAGAGCAGAGACUGUUGAAGAUACACAUAAUGGAACACUACACUGAAAUGCAACUCCGUCUUCUCAUGAAGAACACAGGACUGGAUCUUGAUGGGUCUGUGAACAGUACGAUACCCUCCACUGCUUAUAACACUGCUGGUACAACACCCUUCUCGUCUGGACCUGAUAGGACAGAUACUUCUUCCUCCUCAUACUCCACUAGUUUAAAUACAUCAUCCAGCUUUAACGUGUGUUGUCAUGACAACACAUCCAGCUUUAACGGCUCAAAACAUACUUCCGAGGACGGUUAUAGAACCAGCCCAGAAAACUUAACCGAUGAGAUGGAACAGCAUGAUGGCAUGUCCGUGAAUAGAGACUUGGAGUUACUUUCGUGUAAUCUGAUAACUGCCCAAACAAAGUGUUGCACAAACAAAGUGUUGCAUGCACACAGUUACACGGAGAGCGAAACAAGUUUAAACGGCAAUGCUCCUCUGAGACAUGAAUUAGCGAGUAAUUCCAGGGGAUCACAUGUUAUUUUACCCGAAACUUAUAACGAAAAAGGCUGUAAUAUUACAAGACCGACUACUGGUAUCAAUCAACCAAUAGUGCCUCUGCCCUGCAGCGAUAUGAUUUAUCAAGACCAGCCUACGGUACAAAAAUAUUGUCCUUGUCAGAUUUGUGGCAAACGUUUUGCUUCUGCUUGGACCUUGCGGGAACAUAGUCGAGUUCAUACAGGAGAACGACCGUAUGAGUGCACCGUGUGUGGGAAGAAGUUUGCUCACCACAGCAACAUGGUGAGACACUACAGAAUACACACCGGAGAGCGUCCCUACCACUGCCCCUACUGUGACAGGAAGUUUGCAGUGCACAGCAACCUGACAGCUCACUACCCAACACACCUUGGUAUUAAACAGUUCUCCUGUGGAACUUGUCACAAGUCUUUUGUCCACGCUUCAUCUCUUCAUAAACAUCUCAAGUCGUAUAACCACACUGGGGUGGUUAAGAAUAUCUGCUUAAACUUGAGGAAAGUUACGAGAGAACUAACGGAAGCUCAGAAGCAGCAUGCCACGAGGAAUCAGAUGUCCGAGUUACUGAAAACUCCAAGUAUUUUGAACAAACUUUAAUGUACUGGAGAAUCGCAAAUUAAGUUUACUAAUACGAAAACCAUCUUUCGCGAAUGUGUAUUGUUUAGCUUAUUUUUACCGCUUUUUUGUUGUAAAUUUUAAUUAUAAAAUGGAAAAUAGAUUUUCUUGUUAAAUUUUGAUUGAAAUAUCAGCGAAUGCUAUUUCUAAUCGCUGGUCGUUAGACUCAGGUUAAUCGUUCAAUUUGUAUUUUACCAAAAUAAUUCUCCUUACUUAAUGGCUCUCCCCGGCACCGCCCCAUAAUACCCAAUAAGUUAGUGUCAUGGUUGCUGCCAAAAAGUCAAAAGUGUUAAUCAAAGUGUUAAUGGCAUUAACGGCAGAAGGCUAUUAUUCC